CAGGCGCGAGGAGGGCCGGCUCGUCGCGUCGGCCGAGCCCGCGGCGGGCACCAUGCAGCUCCUGGUGAGGGUGCCGUCCGUCCCGGAGCGGGGCGAGCUGGACUGCGCCAUCUGCUACCGGCCCUUCAACCUAGCGGGCCGCGAGCCCCGCCGCCUGCCCGGGACGGCGCGCGCCCGCUGCGGCCACACGCUCUGCACCGCCUGCCUGCGCGAGCUGGCGGCGCGCGGCGACGGCGGCGGGGCAGCCGCGCGCGUGGUGCGCCUGCGCCGCGUCGUCACGUGCCCCUUCUGCCGCGCGCCCACGCCGCUUCCGCGCGGCGGGGUCGUGGAGGUCUCCGUGGACCCGGACUUGUGGUCGCGGCUGGAGGACAGAGCGCGGGCGGAGCGCAAGCCGGAUGAGGCGGGCGGCACGGUACCGGGAGGCGGCGACGCCGACGACGAAGACCAGAGAGAGGAGGGGGCGGGACCCAGGAGCGCGGGCUGGCGCGCGCUCCGGCGGCUGGUGGAACGGGUGCUGGCGCCCGCGCGCCGCUGGCGGCGGCCGCUGCCUAGCAACGUGCUGUACUGUCCGGAGAUUAAGGACUUGGCUCGCAUGAGCCCCUGCACGCUGUGACCGCGGCGGAAGGAAGGUGGGCGCUGCAUUCUCGAAGCGUGCUGGAGUGCAGGGGUGAGGCCAAGGCGACCGCGCGCCGGUCCCGGGAUUGGCUUUUGCAGGAGUUAAGCCUAGGGCAG